CAGGACGGACAGUUGAUUACAGAGACCAGGGAUUGAAAGCUCAUUAGCGUUGGUACUAAGGGAAACUCUAUCGGUCUUUUUUUUUUUUAUGUAUCAAAAGAAAAUUAUAAGGAACAUGGCUCCUAUUACUAAGAAGAAGGUCAAGGCUGGUGAGGGUAUCAACUCCCGUCUGGCUCUCGUCAUGAAGUCUGGCAAGUACCAACUCGGUUACAAGUCGACACUCAAGACUCUUCGUCAGGGAAAGUCCAAGUUGGUCAUUAUCUCUGGUAACUGCCCUCCUCUCCGCAAGUCCGAGAUUGAGUAUUACGCCAUGUUGUCCAAGACCGGUGUCCAUCACUACACUGGCACUAACGUUGAGCUCGGUACCGCAUGCGGAAAUGUCGGUGUUCUUUCCAUCACUGAUGCUUAA